AUGGAAAUUAUUGCAAUUCGUAAAUCACCACCUUUCGGUGAACCGAACGACCCAUGUCUACCACCGAACGGAGUUAUUAUAUCUGAAGAAGAAUUGAAAUAUAUUACACCUUUCUCAAAAGAUAAUCGUAUUGUCAAUAGUUCUAAUACACUUCAUCGCACAUUUUAUCCUGAUCCCCCAUUACCUCCGGGCAGUGUUCUUAUUCAUCAACAAGAAUCACUGUCACGACCGUCACGAGAAGGUAUUGUUCGUGCAUCACACAGUUUUGACUAUCAUAACCUUAGUGUUGAUCCACCAAUUCGAGAAAAUGGCGUCAUUCUUCAUGAAGAAGAAAUUUCACCUCGUUUAAAUCGUAGUUUGGAUUUUGAUAAUCGCCAACUACUGAAACGUCGAAAACAUCCACAUUCUCACAGCGUUCGACGACAAAAGACAAAAACGACGACGACGACGACGAACGCUAACAUUCCUCUCCCACCUCCUACUUCUUAUCAGUCUCAUAAUAAUAUAGAAUCCACACACAACAACGGAGUAGACUCUUCCAGUAAAAAAUCAUCUCAGUCUAACAGAUCUUCAACAGAAUCCGAUAAACCACAGUUGAUCAUGUCAGAAAAAGAGAGAAGACGUAUAUCACCUAUCGUUGAAAAAGCCGCCAAACGAGAAAAAUAUGCCGAUUAUUUAGAAAACUUAAUUGUUGCAGCAUCCACAAACACACAUCGUGGCGAACGCUCAACACAGACUUUAUAUAAAAAUCGAACAAAUUUUUUUGAUAAAGAAGAUAACAAUUGGUUUUUUGAACAAUUAUUAUCAAAAUUGAAUAGUUUACAAUCGAAAGAAAAACUGAAGACGACAAAAACAAGUGAACUUCCUCAUCCUUAUGUCUUCCCCGCAAGAAAUGAAAGUUCAUCUGGAACAAAUGAUUCGCAUGGUAUGCUUUUACCUGGUGUAGAACGCAUCAUUGAACGACGAUAUUAUGUUAAAAAGCCUAAAAUGAACGAUAAAAAAGAUCAGUCAACAUUUAGAGGCAACUUGUCAACUUCUCGACAAAAUUCAUCGUCUUCAUCAUGUUCUCGAUGUACACCAUCUUAUGUUGAAGAUUUGAGAGAGAAAACAAGCACCGUUCAAAACGAAGUUAACCAAUUAAAAGCAGAAAUCAGCAAACUUCAAUUGACCCAAGCAACUUUACUACAGCAACAACGGCAAAGACAACAACCGACACCAUUUCAUCAAGAAUCGACUCCAUCUCAAUUUCAAGCAAAUCGUUAUGUUCCACAAACAAACAGAACUUCGCAAGCGACAAUGUCUACAGAUCCCGCUACUACAUCAUCUUUUCCCCAACUUUCUGAGAAACAACAGUCUCAAUCGAGGUUACGAACGCCGCCAAAAGUGCCAACACGAUCCUUAUCUCGUACUGAGUCAUUAAAAUCGAAUGCAUCAAGUACUGCCAGGACAGUGUCAUCCACAUCAUCAAAUAGAAGUUCAGUCCAAACACCACAACAAAAAACGAUUCCAGUAACAAAACCAGCAUCAAACGAACCAGAUCGUCGAACAAAUGCAUAUGAAAAUCAACCGUACAAACGUGUUGACUUAUCCACACCCAGUUUGAACGGAUCCCUGAAUGGUGCUAGUGGUGGGAAGGAAAAUACAAACUCGUCGAAAAGUUCUAGACAGAGUUUGGCAUCGGACCGAACAGACUCCACGAAACGAAGCGCUCAACAAUCUUCUGUUCCUCCACCUGCUCCACCCUUCCCUCAACAAUCUUCUGUCCCUCCGCCUGCUCCACCCUUCCCUCAACAAUCUUCUGUUCCUCCGCCUGCUCCACCCUUUCCUCAACAUUUAAAUCUUUCAACACAAGCACCGCGUUCCAGUCCUGCAGCAUCUUCUUUACCGGUACGACCACUUUCCAGUAGUGCCAUUUCACAAAGCUCUUCUGUACCUCAAGCUCCUCCAUUCCGUUUCCCUCCUGCUUCUUCAAAUCAGAGCAACAUCAACUCUCGCGCAACUUCGCUUACUCCUUUAUCCCCUGCUACACAUACUUCUGUUCAACAAAGUAUGUUAACACCCCAAAAUAUAUCUCGUUUUUCUAACCCAAACACGCCACCUACUCAGAAUAUCAGACCAUCUAAUCCAUCAUCCCUUUCUAAUAUUUCAUCAACAACGUCGAAUUCAGCGACAAAUAUCAACGGUAUGCGAAAUAACCAAUUUCAGAAUAAUAAUAUACCACAGCGGAAUUCAAGUUUUACGUCAGCACCACGAAUGCCCUUAACUCAAGGUUUGCGGCCGAAUUUACAAACUCAAGUACCUCAAAAUAAAUUCCAAACAAAUCAGACAGCGCAGUUCUCGACACCGAAAACAAAUGUGGAUGAGUCUAGGAGCUCAGAAUACAUAACUACUCUUCACGAUGUAACACCAAAUGAAAUGAGAAAUUUAAUGCAAUAUUCUUCACGAUUAAAUAAUUUUGGUUCGCCAAGAAUAUCUGCAGUUGUUGCUGAUCCUCAAACAAGUCAAACUUUUUGGGACUAUGUGGAUAGUUUUAUUGACAAUAAUCAUCGCCCUCCCAUAACAGCAAGUGAGCCGACAUCUAAUAAUAUAGUCAAUCCCCAACGAUAUCAAAACACUCUAAAUCGUUGGACCCCAAUGAAGAAUAUACCUCAGACUAGACAACAAAAUGGUGAUAUCUCCGCAGCACCUUCAGCGUUGAACAGUAAAAAUUCUCCAUAUUUUCAAACCAUGUCCAAUUCAAGAAGAUCACCAUCAGAGACGAACAAGAAAGAUCCUCUACGAUUAGCAACGUUACCACCAUUACCGGUUUCAAAUAACAACAAUAAUCAACAAAAGCAAUUUUCUGCUUGGUCUCGCUCAAAAUCGCCGUCCGCGUCUGUGUCAAGUAAUAAACAAUUAGAUAUAUAUGAUCUUGAAGUCAGACCAAAACUACUAAGAAAUUCGAUCAGACCAUCAAGUCAACAAAGUAUCAAUAGCCAGCAACGAGUUAAACCAAUUUCUCCUCUUGAAUCAAUAUCGAUGUCUGAAGUUCCAUCUCCGUCGCAUUCGAUUGAUUCUCCGACAAAUAACGGUCAAGACAUUGAAAUAAUACCAAAAUCAAAAAGCUUCACACCACCAGGGGAUGCUACCACAGCACCGUUUAUAAUGCCACCUGAAGUAAAAUCUCUUCCUUCCUCGCCUGUUGAAUCAACACAUUCUCGUUCGAGUUCAAAACCUGGUCGUCUUCGACCAUCAACAUCAAUCGAUUUAGCCGAUCGAGAAGUAGCCACACUAUUAACGAAGGAGUAA